AUGUCUCCCAGGAUCACCCGCUCGGCUGCACGACUCGCAGCAGACCAACCCUCGUCGACUUAUCUUCCUGCAUCCACUUCCGCUGUAUCACAUCCCCAACCUCCGCCACCUCCCGCACAGGCGCGGAAACGAAAAGCUCCCACUACCACACGACCGUCGAGAUCGUCAAACGACCAGGAGCAGCUGCUCCCCGCUUCCCCACCCCGGCGAACUAAAAGAGUGAAACUUGCUGGCCCAUCUACCGACUUUUCAGCCCCUCUGCCCCAAAGUCGGGUUGGUGCCAGACAACAACCACCUGCAAUGUCCCAACCUGGCCCCUCUUCACGUCCCUCGGAUGACAAUUCGAAAACAACUGCCUCAUCUUCCACUCCUCCUAGACAGCGCCCAAGUAGGACUAAGAAACCCCCACAAGAUGCUCCUUCCAACCAAACUUCCCCUUCACGACGCCACAGAAAACGCCUUUCCAAACGUCAGUCGGAGUCAGAUGUGGCCAUGAAGGAACCCGAAGAACACCAACAUGAGGAGGGGCUGGAAACGAAAGCUGAGGCGCAACCAUCCCCUCUGAGUGAUUCGAACGACGGCCCACAUCCAUCUGGUAUGACCGAUGAUGAAGAGGGAGACGCUUUCCGGAGUAAUCUAUUCGGCACGCGAAGCCCCAUGGCCCUGCAGAGUACUCUACGAGCCUUGAGUGGCUUGAUGGCUGGAACAUCAUCUCGACUACGUGAUAUCCUCAAUAACCUACGGAUUAAGGAGGAUCCGUCGAUCCAACUAAUUGCUUUGCAGGAACUUUCAGAUCUAUUGCUUGUUUCCAACGAAGAUAACCUAGCGGGACAAUUUUCUCCCGACCCUUUCGUUAAGGAGCUGGUGAAGUUGAUGCAACCCAGCGAGACAGGGGAAGAAAAUCCUGAAAUCAUGCUCCUUGCAUGUCGUAGCUUGGCGAACUUGAUGGAAGCCCUUCGAGGAUCUGUUGCAAACGUUGUGUAUGGUGGUGCAGUACCGGUUCUUUGUCAGAAGCUACUGGAUAUACAGUUCAUAGACCUUGCGGAACAAGCUCUGAGUACACUUGCCAAGAUCUCCGUUGAUUUCCCUACAUCCAUUGUGCGUGAAGGAGGCCUCACAGCAUGUCUCUCCUACUUAGACUUCUUCCCCACAAGCACCCAGCGUACUGCUGUGAUAACGGCUGCAAAUUGUUGCCGCAAUUUACCUCAUGAUUCGUUCCCUGUUAUCCGGGAUGUCAUGCCAACAUUACUCAAUGUCCUUUCCAGCAAUGACCAAAAGGUCGUAGAACAGGGAUGUCUGUGUGUUUCUCGGGUGGUUGAAAGUUUCAAAUAUAAACCAGAGAAGCUGGAGCAAUUAAUUGAACCCGACAUGUUAAAGGCUAUUCUUCGGCUCCUUCUACCUGGCACCACGAACUUGAUCGGGCCUCAUAUCCAUACCCUAUUCCUCCGCGUGCUAGCCAUCACUGCCAGAUCCAGUCCGCACUUGUCGGUUGAGCUUCUGAGGAUGAAUGUGGUUGAUACACUGUAUCAAAUGCUGACAGGGGUCUCCCCCCCUUCCGAGACUGGUGGUCCGAUCAAAAUCGAUAGUGUGCACAUCAUGCAAGCUCUCAUCCAUCGCCCACGAGAGCAGAUAUUUGAGACGUUGAAUGUUAUCUGCGAGCUUCUCCCUGGUGUUCCGAACGAGGAGCUAGCCCUUUCCGACCAUCAUCUGCAAGCGAGUUUUGAAAGCGAUAUUUUUCCACUUUCCAAAACGCCCCGAGCAAAGACAUCGGCGGAGCAAAGAGUGAAACUUCUCAAAGGCUGCAAACCAGAGAUUAAACGCUUCGCAACAAUCUUACUACCAACACUAACAGACGCUUAUUCUAGUACGGUGAAUCUGUCAGUGAGGCAAAAGGUACUUAUGGCGCAGUUGAAGAUGCUUCAGAAUCUUGAUGCUCAAAUUAUCGAGGAUGCCCUACGCACUGUUCCAUAUGCCUCAUUUUUGGCUGCUAUUCUGUCACAGAAGGACCAUCUGUCUCUUGUUGCCCUGGCUCUACAGUGUGCGGAACUGCUCUUUGAGCGCCUCAAAGACAUUUAUCAAUACCAGUUUCAUCGCGAAGGGGUAAUCACCGAAAUCACAAAACUUGCCGAAACUCCGCUGUCUGUUAAACCUGACCGUCAUCAAGAUUCCAAACCCGAAGUAGAUCUUGAAAAUGGACGUUCCUCCGACAAGAGCCAUGAGAGUUCCGAGGAUGAGGAAGAAAAGGAUCGAGGUAUGAAUCAUGACGAGGAGAGCCAGGAUGAUGAGGAUGAUGAGGAUGAUGAGGAUCACGACGAGGACAACGAUGAAAUGUCCGAAUCAGAUAGCUCCUCAUCCGUAUCAGGUGGGCCCAUUUCUCGAACGGCGGACUCGGCGCUCCACGAUUUUGUCACUUGCAGCGCUGGGAGAUUUCUCCGAAUAUAUGAUGGUAGCAAGGGCAAAGGCAUGCAUGAUAAAGCCCUAGAAAUUCUUCAGUCCCUACAGGCACUUGUCGAGGAUAUCAAAGCCUGUUACAGCAACGUGAAACCUUCUAAUGGCUAUGCGCUGUUCCAAAGAUUGGCAACCUACUUCGAUGGGGAUGCGCUUGAAAGUAUUACAAGUUCUGAACUACUUAGCUCGGGUAUCAUUCAUGUUUUGCUGGAUGUGAUUAGCAAGAAGGAUGCAGCACCCGGAAAAGAUGCCAGAACAGAUUUUCUCCGAGCAUUCAUGGAAUCGGAUAUCUCAACGGCGACCGUUAGCAAAACUGGCUCGCCUACCACCCCCUUCAGUGUUUUGAUCCAUAAACUCCAUGACCUUCUCAGCCGAACGGAACACUUCGAAGUAAUCACUGUCAACCACAGCUCUCUGGACAACAGGAACGCGACAUCCAUGCUUUCGAAACAAUUGCGACUCCGCCUGAUUGCGGAUGAUGAGUCCGAUGUUCCUAAACCAUAUAAAAAUAUAAUGGUAUCGAUCCACGCAAUUGCAAACUUUAAAGCUCUUGACGACUACCUUCGUCCUCGAAUCAGCUUGUCUGAACGUCCCAGAGGUUCACGGAAUCGCGACACGAUAUUUUCUCAGCUAUCUGGUUCCUCUAGACCUAGAGACACCCCUGGAAGUGGACCUGAGACAACAUACUCUGGAGGGCUCGAGCCACCUACUUUACCUCCCCCGCCGCCACAGCCAGACACCUCCUCCAGAAGCACACGAGUGCCAGAUAGAUCCAAGCCUCAGUCUUCCACGCAGACAGCGUCAUCUGGAGGUUCUGAGGAGCCGUCUCUCCGAACGAGGCGCCCAAAUCGGCAUCAACCACCACCUCCCGACGAUGAAACAGAUGGCACUGAUGAGCCCCUAGAAUGCGCUGAUGAGAGACAUCUGACUGAUGAUGAUGAAGGGGAAGAAGAGGAUGAUGCGUUGGAUGCCAUUGUUGAUGACCUCGAAGAUGAUCUCUCUGAUGAAGAAGUUUCAGAUCCGACGGCUGUUAACUUGGAGGUUGCUGCGACUGGGAAAGUAACGGCGCAUAAAGAAGACGGAACCAGGAUUGCAACACCGCAACAGUCAACCCCGACGGGGCGGCCAUCAUCUUCUGCCCCAACGUCUAGCCAAUCUCUAGGUGGUUCUUUGGCAUUUGCUGGUCGGCCAUUCUCCUAUGCCGCCGCAAUUGCUUCUAUCCCGCAGGAUUGGCACAUCGAGUUCCGUGUGGAUGACAAACCAAUCUCCCAUGAGACGACGGUGUAUCGAGCAAUUCACCAUAAUAGAGAACAUUUGAGCGAUUCUCUCUCGCGUAAUGUGUGGUCCAUAGUUCAUACGAUCAAGUACAAGCGCGUUCAAGGACCCCCGCCGCCGGAACCAUCCACGUUGAGCCCAACUUCCAGCAAUCUAUCGUUAGAGAAGUAUUCCGGUGGAAUGCCAGAGUCCCUGAGUCAGAAUCCAACGACGGCAUCCAUCCUUAGGCUGCUUGGGGUUCUACAUGGAAUGAACGCCCAGCUGGAUGACAUCUUAGCAGAGAGCAACUGUCAGAUUAGAGUUGUUAAAGAACCUCUCUCACAGUUUCUUAAUACGAAGCUUACAGCCAAGCUCAACCGACAACUUGAAGAACCAUUGAUCGUGGCUAGUAGCUGCCUCCCCAGUUGGAGCGAGGAUCUUGCGCGCCAUUUUCCAUUCCUCUUCCCAUUCGAAACUCGACACCUCUUCCUACAAUCAACAUCCUUCGGCUAUGCACGCUCCAUGGUGCGAUGGCAAGGGUCGCAGUCCGAUGAAAAUCGACGAGACCAGCGACGUGAUGAUCGCCCGUAUGCAGGGCGUCUACAGCGACAGAAAGUCCGCAUCUCGCGAUCUCGCAUCCUAGAUUCCGCCAUGAAGGUUAUGGAGUUGUACGGUUCGUCGCCCAGCGUUCUUGAAGUCGAGUACUUUGACGAAGUUGGCACGGGUCUCGGCCCGACGCUGGAGUUCUACUCAACUGUUUCAAGAGAGUUUUCGCGGAAGAAGCUCAAGCUAUGGCGAGAACAUGAUUCUCAUGACAAGAGCGAUUUUGUCUUCAACAAACUGGGUCUCUUCCCCGCGCCUAUGAGUCGCGAGCAAGUAUCAUCGGAGGCGGGUAAGAAACAGCUACAAUAUUUCAAGGGACUUGGCAAAUUCGUCGCUCGAUCAAUGUUAGAUUCAAGAAUUAUUGACAUCGCGUUCAACCCCAUAUUCUUCCGCAUUGGCGGCGUUACUCCAUCAGCUGUGACCCCAACUGUUACAACCAUCAAGGCUGUGGAUCCUGAACUCGCCAACUCACUCAUGCUCUUGAAACGAUUCACGGCCGCACAGGCUGCCAUAAAUGCUGAUGAUUCUCUUAGUGCUGAUGGAAAAGCUCGAGCGCUAGAUGAGCUUACUGUCGACGGCGUUCGGGUUGAGGAAUUGAGCUUGGACUUCACGCUGCCAGGGUACCCAUCGAUCCAAAUGAUUCCGCAUGGUUCCUCUAUUGCCGUGACGAUGGAUAACGUAGGGUCGUACAUCAGCAAGGUCAUCGAUAUGACGCUGGGCAGUGGCGUCCAGGCCCAGAUCGAUGCGUUCCGUGCUGGAUUCUCACAGGUGUUCCCUUACUCGUCCCUUCAGUCAUUUACGCCCGACGAGCUCGUGAUGUUGUUUGGGCAAGUUGAGGAGGAUUGGUCAAUUGAGACGUUGAUGGACUCGAUGAAAGCAGACCACGGCUUCAACAUGGACAGCAAAAGCGUGCGCAAUUUAUUACACGUCAUGAGCGAAUUUACAAAGCAAGAGCGUCGCGACUUUUUGCAAUUCGUCACAGGCAGCCCCAAGCUUCCAAUUGGAGGCUUCAAAAGUCUAACUCCAAUGUUCACCGUCGUCUGCCGCCCAAGCGACCCUCCGUACAUGCCGGAUGAUUAUCUUCCCAGCGUAAUGACAUGCGUCAACUACCUCAAAUUGCCCGAUUAUUCCACCAUCGACAUCCUCCGUCAACGGCUCAAUGUUGCUAUCCAUGAGGGGCAGGGGGCAUUUCAUCUGUCUUAA